GUCAUGGAGUGACGGCAUUGAGAACGCAAGUGCAGCACAGCUUCGAAAAUCGACGCCAUGGCUUUCGUCAUGGCAACGAUAUCAUCCACAGUCCACAAUCAUUCUCUUUCUGCCUUCGCCCCUUUCCCCUUUCUCUCUUCAAUUUCCAUUACUGCUCUGUCCCCCUCUGUUCUUCCUCCAUCGUGUUUGCUCUCUCAAAUCCAACAACAAACCCCUGCUUCCCGCCACUUCCGUGAUUGCUUCUCAUUUCUUUCCAUCCGAUUCGCCAAUUCUUUCCGAUUCCGGCUCUGUCUCUGUCUCUGUUCGUUUGAUGGAUUCCUUUUUCGAAAUGGGUAUUUGAAGUUUCGGUGAAUCGCUCGGAUUUCAAUUGGGAAUUUCAAUCUCAGUUCCUGCGAUUUCAAACCCUAAAUUCAUAGCGUUUUGAUUUCAAUUCUUUGAAGGGGAUUUUCUGCCGUCUUCGUUCUGUUCAUGUUAUUGCCCUGUUUUUAAAUUAUAUAUUGCUGUUACCAUCCUGUUUCGUUUGAUUACAUGUAUUUUGUUCUUCCCAUCUAGUAUGAUGGCUGAUUCAUUAGAACCAUCAUCAUCAUUGAGCUUCACUUCAUCUUCAUAUACUAAUGGCUCACUGAGUUAUAACAUGUCCAUCUCUUCUGAGCCAGUGCCUAGUCUUGAAGUGAUUAGUUUAAACAAGCUUAGCUCUAAUUUAGCACAGCUUUUGAUUGAUGAUGGAUUUGAUUAUACUGAUGCUGAUAUCAUAGUUGAGGGUGUUCCAAUUGGUAUUCACCGAUGUAUUUUGGCUGCUAGGAGUAGGUUUAUGAAUAAUCUUUUUCGAAAAAACGAAAAGCCAUCGAUGAAAGACGGGAAACCGCAGUAUCAUAUGAAUGAGUUGUUGCCUUAUGGCAAGGUUGGAUAUGAUGCUUUCUUGAUAUUUUUGAGUUACUUGUAUACUGGAAAGCUGCAGCCGUCUCCUGCGAAUGUAUCGACUUGUGUCGAUAGUUCGUGUGACCAUGAUGCUUGUCGACCUGCUAUCGAUUUCGCUGUGCAAUUGACGUAUGCAUCGUCUAUAUUUCAAAUUCCUGAGCUGGUUUCUUUGUUUCAGCGACAUUUGCUCAACUAUGUUGCGAAGGCUUUAGUCGAAAACGUUGUCCAAAUCUUAGAGGUGGCUUUCCAUUGCCAAUUGAGUCAUCUUGUCACUCAAUGUGUAGACCGAAUAGCUCGAUCUGAUCUCGAUUAUGUUUCUCUCGAGAAAGGACUUCCUUAUGAGGUUGUGGAAAGCAUUAAAUUGGUUCGAGCAAAACCUUGCUCCAACCGUCCUUGUGAUAAGAGAAUCCAGAAAAUAUGGCAGGCAUUAGAUUCAGAUGAUAUUGAACUCAUGAAACUUCUUUUAUCCGAAUCAGAUGCAACGCUAGACGAAGCCGAUGCACUGCAUUAUGCUGCAGCAUACUGUGAUCCCAAGACGUUGUCUGAGGUUCUUAAACUGAGGAUGGCUGAUGUAAACCUCCGGAAUUCACGUGGCUAUACCGUUCUUCAUGUUGCUGCGAUGCGUAAGGAUCCAUCGGUGAUAAUAUCGCUCCUUAACGAGGGAGCGUUGGCAACGGAUUUGACGUUAGAUGGUCGGACUGCUGCGGAUAUCUGUCGGAGGUUAACACGGCCAAAGGAUUAUCAUGCUAAGAUAGAACAGGUGCAGGUAGCAAACAAAGACCGUUUGUGUAUUGACAUUUUAGAGAGGGAAAUGUGGAGAAAUCCAAGUUCAGAUUCAUCCAUUCUUUCCUUGACGAUGGCUGGUGAUCUCCACAUGAAAUUGAUUUGCUUGGAAAACAGAGUAGCAUUUGCUCGAUUACUCUUCCCGUCCGAGGCCAGGGUAGCUAUGGACAUUGCCAAUGCCGACACGACGUCUGAGUUUUCCGGGUUUUCUAUCCCGAAAGGUUCGAGCGAAGUCGACUUAAAUGAAAGCCCAAGUGUUCAGAACCAAAGAUUUCUUUCCAGAAUUCAGGCCCUUAUGAAAACAGUGGAAACGGGUAGGCGUUACUUUCCGAAAUGCUCGGAAGAACUGGAUAAGUUUUUGGAAUUUGACCUUCUUGAUCUAGUUUACCUUACGAAGGGGACUGUCGAGGAGCAACGGAUUAAGCAGAAGCGUUUCAGGGAGCUUAAAAAUGAUGUUCAGAAGGCAUUUGACAAAGACAAGGCUGCUAACCUCAAGCGAUCUGGGUUGUCUCCGUCGUCGUCAUCGUCGACAUCAUUGAAGGAUGGUGCCAACCCAAAUAAGGUCAGGAGACGAUAAAGGUAGUAUGUAUUUUAUGUACAAUAAAGUGAAAGUUAGAGGGUUCUUGUUUAGGAAAAGAAAUGCAUAUUUAGAAGUUUUUCUCUUUGUAUAAUGAGUUAACUAUACAUUCAAAAUCUUGGGUUGAUUCUCUCUA